AUGGCCGUGCAGAGUUUCCUGCAGUACGUGGGCUCCAGCCCGCUGCUCUGUUUGGCAGCAGGGCUGUUUGCUCUCCUUUACUUUCUCUCCAGCUCCAAGAAGUCGGUUUGCAAUUUGCCUCCUGGGCCACGACCUCUUCCUCUGAUUGGGAACUUGAACGUGGUGGACCUGAAAAAGCCAUUCCAGUCACUGACAGAGCUCUCCAAGAUAUAUGGCAGCGUCUUCACGGUGCAUUUUGGACCCAGGAGGGUCGUGGUACUGGCUGGAUAUGAAACCAUCAAGGAUGCCCUUUUAAAUCAUGCUGAAGAGUUUGGAGAGAGAGCAGAAAUACCCAUAUUUAGGAAAAUGACACAAGGAAAUGGCAUAGUAUUCAGCCAUGGAGAGCUGUGGAAAACUCUGAGAAGAUUUACCUUGUCCACACUGCGAGAUUUUGGAAUGGGAAAGAGAACCCUUGAGAUCCGAAUCCUGGAGGAAGUAAACUCCCUUAUCAAAUAUUUUGAAUCCUAUCAUGGGAAACCAUUUGAUACAAAAAUGAUACUCAACAAUGCUGUAUCCAAUGUCAUCUGCUCUAUAUUGUUUGGAGAGAGGUUUGAAUAUGAUGAUCCAGUAUUUCUAACUUUGCUGAAGCUGAUAAAUCAAAAUACUAAGUUGUUGGGCUCCCCUAUGGUGCAGUUAUAUAACUUCUACCCAUCCCUUGGAUUUCUGUCUGGGGCUUCCAAGACUGUGCUACGAAAUAUCCUUGAAUUGAAUGCUUUUCUCCAGAAGCUCUUCCAGGAACACAAAGAGGAGCUAAAUGAAAAUGACUUAACAGGCUUUGUCGAUGCCUUUCUGGUAAAGCAAAAGCAGGAGUCAAAGAAACCACACACUGCAUUCAGCAAUGGAAACCUGAUGUUUUCAACCCUGGACCUCUUUGCUGCUGGGACUGAGACUACAUCCACAACUGUUCGCUGGGGGCUGCUUCUGAUGAUGAAAUACCCAGAAAUUCAGAGAAAGAUUCAGGAAGAAAUGAACCAUGUCAUUGAACCGGGAGAGCUGCCUAAGUUGGAGGACAGGAAAAGAAUGCCGUACACAGAAGCAGUAAUACAUGAAAUACAAAGGUUUGCCAAUAUUGUCCCCAUGGGCGUAUCACGAUCGACUCCCAGCGAUGUGAAUUUCCGAGGCUACGUGAUUCCUAAGGGUACUGAGAUUAUUCCACUGCUGACCUCUGCUCUGAAUGACGAGUUACACUGGAAAACCCCGGAUCAGUUCAACCCUUCCAAUUUCCUUGAUGCCAAUGGGAACUUCAUCAGGAGAGAAGCAUUUAUUCCAUUCUCCAUAGGGAGAAGGGCUUGCCUUGGUGAAGGACUGGCCAAAAUGGAGCUGUUCCUCUUCUUUUCGGGCUUGCUCCGCAAAUUUGUUUUCCAGCCUCCCCCAGGAGUGGAGAAGUCAGACCUGGAUCUCACUGCUGAUGUCGGCUUUACCUUGACUCCCAUGCCUCACCUGGUUUGUGCUGUGCCCUGUGAAUGAUCAAACAGCACAGCAUUAGAGUAGUGAACACUUCAAGCUUUAAAGCAAAUCUAGCUACAGUGGGGAAAAGCUGUCCCUGAGCUUUAGGGGAAGGAAGACACUAAGCACAGUUAUUUUCUCUCAUUCAUGACAUCCUCUCCAACAGCUCUUGCACUGUCUGUAUAAUGCAAACCCUUCAGAGAACUCUGAGUUCUGCUCUCAGAAAAUGUGAUUUAUUCCUGGAACAGCACAUCAGAGAUGCUGUUUUCAGGACAGUUUGAAAAAGUGAAAUGCCUUCAGACCUCCUCUGUAGAUGUAAGCCAUCAGAGCUCUUCCCUGGUAGUGUGUGGGGAAUUUCUCAGCCCAAAGUCCAAGCCCUAUAGCACAGCUCAUUAUAAGUGGCCCAGCUGGAGACAAGAGACACUCAAAGGAUCUGGAAAUCUCCUCAGGAUGGUUGUUCAGCUCAGCCUCAGACUGAGCUUCCAUUGUGCGAUACAGCCUGCCUUAUCUUUAUUACAGAGUCCCAGACACAAGGGUGUAACACGGGCUGAUGCCAAGACCCAGGCACAGGGCAGUUAUCAGGAAACAUCUAAGUGCUUUGGGAAAUGGGUUCUUUCCAACUCACACCAGGCACUUCAUGCUGAACAGCCCAUUUAUGAUGGGGCCAAUUGAGCAGCUUUCCGCUUCUGCUAAGAAAGGCAUUUCUACCACACCCUCACCUCUCCUGGCUUCAUGAUGGCUCUGGCACUUGUCCAGUCCCUUAUUGGGGCAUCUCAGAUCCCUAACCUGGCAGAAAAUGAGCAGCCAUGGCACGGGAAGUUUCUGAACGUGUGGCUGAAGCGAUACAAGCCUGCAGCAGUGUGAGGGCAGUGGAGCUGGGGCUGGGCAGGGACUGCCACACUCCAGCAGAGAGCUGGGAGAGGCUCAGCCCCCUGCUCCACUUGCACCUCAGCUCUGUAGAUCUGUAGAUCUUCUCUACCCUUCACAGAGAGAAAGGAUCCUUCAGGGGAUGAAUCAGCUGCCAUAAGGUUGUCAUUUCUCACUCUCUGCACUGACUGCAGCGUGAACCAUCAUCCACAGGCUCCUAAUUCCAAACUUACCAGGUGUGUUGUGAUGAAUAGGGACAGUAUUGUCCAUUCAACUGAAAAUGGAGCAGUUAUGGCAAACCCUACAACAUAAAACUAAAGUUACUGUCACUUAAAGCUGA